CAGACACAUUAUCGCAAGAGAGAGAAACACAGAAACAGAAAACGGAAACACAAACAGAAAAAAAGGAAAAAAGGAAAAAAAAGGAAAAAAAGAAGAGCCUAUUGAAAACCCUAACACCAUUUCUUCUUCCUCCCCAUUCUUACUGGCACAUCUCUUAUAAAUUUAUUUCAUUGGUUUCAGUUCAUCUUUUCUUUUAAGAAAAGAUCUGGGGAAGCUUUCUUGUUAAGAAUGCUGAUGCAUGUGUCAUCAGGAUAUGACAAAGUGUCAGUUUGGGAAGCAUUGAUAAAGAGUUUAUACACUAACAAAGUGAAUCUUUGGAAGAAGAGACGGACUGUAUUGCCAUUAUUUCUCCAUUGUUUUUGAAACCUUAGGUGUAAGGUUGUUUACCUUUCAGACACUCCUAAUAAAUUGUUGCAGCAAUUGUCAGAUGUCAGAAGGUGGUAUGGCUGUUGUGAAACCUGAGAUGAAGUCUUACAUUUGGCUCCAAACUGCUGAUGGUUCCAUCCAACAAGUAGAAGAAGAGGUUGCCAUGUUUUGCCCCAUGAUAUGCCGAGAAAUUCUUCAAACAGGCAUGGGAUCUUCAAAAAACUAUGCUAUAUCACUUCCUCAACGGGUGAAUCCUGCUAUCUUGGGCUUAAUACUUGAUUAUUGUAGGUUUCAUCAAGUACCAGGUCGCUCUAAUAAGGAGCGCAAAACCUUUGAUGAAAAAUUUAUUCGAAUGGAUACAAAAAGAUUGUGUGAGUUAACAUCUGCUGCUGACAGCCUCCAAUUAAAGCCUUUGGUUGAUCUUACCAGUCGUGCACUUGCUCGAAUUAUUGAAGGGAAGACUCCUGAAGAGAUACGUGAGACGUUUCACUUACCUGAUGAUCUCACAGAGGAAGAAAAAUUGGAGCCUCUUAGAAACAUAACUGAUGAUCCACGCAUCCGGCUUCUAAAUCGAUUAUAUGCCAGAAAGAGGAAGGAACUGAAAGAGCGAGAGAAAAUGAAGAAUGUGGAGGUUGAGGAGGAGCGUGUAGAUGAACGUUCAGUUGACGAUCUCUUGUCAUUUAUAAAUGGUGAAGAUGGAGAUUCAAAAGGUAAUAGAACUAGUAAGAAUAAAAAGAAGAAUCGGAGAAGAAAGGACCCACCAAAGGAACCUUCUUCAAACAGUUCAAACGAAAGCCAUAAAAAGGAGACAGACAAUCAUUCUUCUGCAUGCCAUAAUGGGGAGGUUAAAGAUAUUUUGGCACCCUCUCCUAGUAAAACUUCAAAGUUGCAAGAAUCUGAUUCUGCCACGAUUUCACCUAAAAUUGAAUUUGAUGAUGCUGAUAUUGAUGAUGAUUUAGAUCCUGCAAUGAAGGAGGAACUUGACAGGGAAGUUGAGGACUUUGCUCGCAGAUUAAAUUCGGAUUGGCCAGAAAGGAUGCAGGAAAUACUUUCUUUGGGCCAAGAAAGAAGGCUAGUACCAUUGUCCAUGAAUGGGAAUGGCUCGUUGUGUAGAUAUUCAGACUGCUGUUAAGGAAAUAGAGUGCUCAUCCAUCUCUUUGUCUAAAAUGAAAUGAGGGAUUCUCAGUGGGGCUUGGUCAUCUUUUCAUUUAUAGGGCUUAUUUUCUCCAUUGAUCGAGCAUGCAAUAAUGCAUUUGAUGUGUAAACAGGUUUGGAUAGGAGAUAAUACAAGGGUAAAAAUUUCCUUGGAUAACCUUCAGCAGCUUGAGACGUUUGGUGAAGAUGCUGCCUGCAGUUCACAGCUGUCAGAAGAUAGAAGAAUUGACACUGUUAUUUGGUGUGGACUGCAUGUGAGUAUUUUGUCUGUUUCAACAUCACCAAAGUACAACAUUCUUUCUUGGCGUCUUGUAUGUUGGAAAAGCUUUUGAAAAUGAAAAAUAAGAACUCUGAAGAGACAAUAUGAGCACAAUUUGCUCAUUUGUCUUUUACCUUAUUCUGUUGUUGCAGUUGUUUGUGACUGAGCAUUCUCAUCUGCGAGCUCCUGUACCUGUCUCGAAAUUAUUUCUUUCACAAAUUUUCUUUUCUUUGGAAUAUCAUUCAGAUUUCUUUUUCCACAUUCAGUGCAUGGCUUCUACGUGUGUUGUUCACGAAGGCCACCCGUCUAGAAAAAAAAAUUGAGUAGAUGAAAUGCACAGUUGAUUUUUUGACAACCGUUCCUUGAAGAUUUGACUUGUUUCAGAAUUGUCAUAUGGAGAGAAAAUUAGGGGAAAAAAACUUUAGUAGAGGUGUAAUAACACAAUCUUGUAAUAUUAUUUUGUGAUUUUUCCAUACUAGUUCAUUUUAAGCAAAUGGAGUAUUGGCUAUGUAGCGCGAUUUGCUCAGUGGCUGAGGAACUACAAUUACAGCUGUUCUUUGUACGAAGAGAUAAUCUAAAAAUUGUCAUUAGGUUGUUCUGUCUUGCCUUUUUGAUUCGA